AAGCUGCUGUGGACAGUGGGGUUGUCAGCUCUCACUAAGCGCGACAGGCCUCCUGCCUAAAGACUCUGGCCUUGCGUGCCUCAGUCCUUAGCAGGGGUGCCACCCCGCCUUGCUGGGGCCGAGGCGGAGGGUUCUGUCUCCCUCUGGGGUUCCAGCUGGUGAAAUGCACAGAAAGGCGCCGCUGUUUCCGGAGGCGAGGACGAGGGGCCUGGUCCCGGGCACGUGGGUUUCGGUGGAGCGCGGGGCGUCCCGCUGCAGGCGCCGGCCGAGAUGGGCUCUCCGGCGGGCACCCUGGAUGCUAAGGCAGGACUCCGCUGUGAUAUCCCGUCAUGAGGGUGCUCCUGGAUGUGCUGGGGCUGGCCCUGGCCUGUGGCUUCAUUCACGCAACCCUGUCCAAGUCGGACGCCAAGAAGGCCGCCUCAAAAACACUGCUGGAGAAGACACAGCUUGCAGACAGGCCUGUGCAGGAGCGGGGCCUGGUGGUGACGGACGUCCGGGCUGAGGACGUGGUUCUGGAGUACCGCAGCUACUGCUCAGCCAGGGCCCGGGAGAGGCACUUCGACGGGGCUGUCCUGGGCUACGUCACCCCGUGGAACAGCCAUGGCUACGACGUUGCCAAGACGUUUGGGAGCAAGUUCACGCAGGUGUCGCCUGUCUGGCUGCAGCUGAAGAGGCGUGGCCGGGAGAUGUUUGAGAUCACAGGUCUCCACGAUGUGGACCAAGGGUGGAUGCGAGCAGUCCGGAAGAAUGCCAAGGGCCUGCGCAUCAUGCCUCGGCUUUUGUUCGAGGACUGGACGUACGAUGACUUCAGAAGUGUCUUAGACAGUGAAGACGAGAUUGAAGAGCUCAGCAAGACCAUGGUCCAAGUUGCAAAGAACCAGCAUUUUGACGGCUUUGUGGUGGAGGUCUGGAGCCAGCUGUUCAGCCAGAAGCAGGCGGACCUGGUCCACAUGCUGACUCACAUCGCCGAGGCCCUGCACCAGACCCGGCUGCUGGUCGUGCUGGUCAUCCCACCCUCUGUCACCCCAGGGACCCACCAGGUGGGCAUGUUCACCCACAAGGAAUUGGAGCAGCUGGCCCCGGUGCUGGACGGCUUCAGCCUCAUGACCUAUGACUACUCCACGGCGCAGCAGCCCGGCCCCAAUGCACCUCUGUCCUGGGUCCGAGCCUGUGUCCAGGUCCUGGACCCCAAGUCCAAGUGGCGAAAUAAGAUCCUCCUGGGGCUGAACUUCUAUGGCAUGGACUACUCGGCCUCCAAGGACUCCCGGGAGCCUGUUGUUGGGACCAGGUACGUCCAGAUGCUGAAGGAGCACCGGCCGCAGCUCUUGUGGGACAGCCAGGCCUCGGAGCACGUCUUCGAGUACAAGAAGAGCCGUGGCGGGAGGCACAUUGUCUUCUACCCAACACUAAAGUCCAUUCAGGUGCGGCUGGACCUUGCCCAGGAGCUGGGUGUCGGGAUCUCCAUCUGGGAGCUGGGCCAGGGCCUAGACUACUUCUACGACUUGCUGUGAGCUGCACUGGGGCUCCACGUCCAGAGUGCACAGCGUGGAUCUAGACUCCUUUUCUAAGUUAAAGAGUGAUUGGAUGGCCACGUGAUGCCUACAUCUGUUCUGUCUGCCACAACACCUGCUGGGAGCAUGGUGGCAGCUCACACAGGGCUGCCCCAGGGACCCGGCCUCCUCGCCCGUGAGGCCCAGAGGGUGUCUGGCAUGGGCUUUUCCCACAUGCAGCCUGGGGUGGGGUGUGAGUUUUGUGAGAUGUCCGUGCCACACACACCAGGCUGUGGGGGCACACGGGCUCACAUCCCAGAUGCCCACAGCAGACUCGUGCAGAGCUCACCACCAAACCAGCCCAGCUAGGUGUGGGGCUGCCAUCGGGAACCGGGGUGCAGGGACCCCCACCCCACAGCAGAAGCAGUGGCUGGGGCGUGAGCAGGCCCUGGACCGGCCAACUGUGCCUUACGCUGAGCGUGGCCUUGGGGUAGGGGCAGGCGAGGCUCACUGGGCCACAUGUGUACCCUGUGACCACCA